GAUUCCGAAGCGAGAAACGCAAGUCUGACGAAGCUUCCAUGCAACCUAGUCAUUGACCAUUUCUUUGCUCAUCAUAUUCAAUCGCGAAAGCUCGAAACUCGACCCCACUGAUCGGAAUCGUCGAGAAAUGGAUCUCAUCCAAGUGAACAAGGAAUCAGGCGGGAUCGGAAUCAUCACGAUCAACCGUCCGAAAUCUCUCAAUUCUCUCACGAGAGCGAUGAUGGCGGAUCUCGCGCGCGCGUUCAAGGAGAUGGACGCCGACGAGUCCGUCCAGGUCGUGAUUUUCACCGGAGCGGGUAAAUCUUUCUGCUCCGGCGUCGAUUUGACCGCGGCGGAGUCGGUUUUCAAGGGAGACGUGAAGGAUCCGGAGACCGACCCGGUGAUUCAGAUGGAGCGGUUGAGAAAACCGAUCAUCGGAGCGAUUAACGGUUUCGCCAUCACCGCAGGGUUCGAGCUCGCCUUGGCCUGCGAUAUUUUGGUCGCAUCCAGAGGAGCUAAGUUCAUGGAUACUCACGCCAGGUUUGGGAUAUUCCCUUCGUGGGGUCUGUCUCAGAAGCUGUCGAGGAUCAUCGGAGCAAACAAAGCUCGUGAAGUUUCGUUAACGUCGAUGCCGUUGACAGCUGACGUGGCUGAGAAGUUAGGGUUUGUAAACCACGUGGUUGAAGAAGGGGAAGCUUUGAAGAAAGCUAAAGGAAUCGCGGAGGCUAUCAUCAAGAAUGAACAAGGCAUGGUUCUGCGGAUUAAAUCCGUCAUCAAUGAUGGACUCAAGCUUGAUCUUGGUCAUGCUCUUACACUCGAAAAGGAGCGAGCUCACGCGUACUACAGUGGGAUGACAAAGGAACAGUUCAAGAAGAUGCAGGAGUUCAUAGCUGGACGUGGUUCCAAGAAACCUUCUUCCAAGUUAUAGAUAAACAUCUGUUUAUCUUUUACAUAAUACUCUCUUGAAUAAUAAUAAAAUAUCUUUUGUUUGUU